CAUAUUUCAAUUGCAUCAUGUUCAUGGUGGCAUCGUCGGUAGUUCUCACCGUUGUGGUAUUAAAUUAUCAUCACAGAACAGCCGAUAUCCAUGAAAUGCCUCCUUGGAUAAAAUCAGUAUUUCUUCAGUGGCUGCCUUGGAUUUUACGCAUGGGACGUCCCGGUAAAAAGAUAACUCGGAAGACUAUCCUACUGUCGAAUCGAAUGAAAGAACUCGAAUUGAAAGAAAGAUCGUCAAAAUCUCUGUUGGCGAACGUGCUAGAUAUUGAAGAUGAUUUUAGACAUGCAAGUGGUGGUAUUACAGGUUCAACUACGGCGAUUAGUACGUCAGGGUUUUCUCGGCCCACUACUGUAGAAGAGCAUCACUCUAUGUCCGGAUGCUCUCACAAGGAUUUGCACUAUAUUCUGAAGGAAUUGCAGUUCAUAACGAAUCGAAUGAGGAAAGCAGAUGAAGAAGCAGAAUUGAUCAGUGACUGGAAAUUCGCCGCAAUGGUUGUUGACAGAUUCUGCCUUUUUGUAUUCACGUUAUUUACGAUUAUCGCUACAGUCACUGUGUUACUAUCGGCUCCACACAUAAUAGUGCAAUAAUAACGAAUUAAAUUUUGAUAUAAGGACUUGUUAUAUAGGUGAUCUAUUAAAAUUUAUAAGAUUUUUUAAAAUGAAACAUGUAAAUCAAGUUAGAAGUUAAUUAGAUUAUUAAAAUAGAUUUAAAAAAAAAACAAACGAUCAGUUAAAAACUGCCGACAAAUAAUGAUGAACGACAAAAAAUCUAAAACAUCAUAUGUAAACAUCGGAUGAAUACGUAUAGAUAAAAAAGAAACGAUAAAAUGUAUUUUUCUUAAAAACAGCAGAUUUGACGGAUUAAUAUCUUCUAAUCGUAAGUCCUCAAGAGAACUCAAGCAACUGUUCCUGCAAUCAUUACCAAAGCACUAUUGAGAUACCGGUGAAUAGCCUAUUUCAGAGUCAGAAAAAGGAUGUCUAUUUUUGCAUCUGCAUCAUGAAAUACAUUCCAUCAGUGUUAAGUUCAACAGAAGUAUCGUCACCGCAAAGAUUCGAAGAUUUAACCAAUCAUUCCAACAAUAAUGCUAGAAUAAAAUUAUCGCGACAGGAAAUGAAUGACAUAAGCACUAUACUAGUAAUGCAAUGAAUGAAAGGAAUUAAAUUCUUUCAAAAUAUAAAACAAAAUAUAUAUUGCUUUUUAAGACACACUCACACACAGAUGUCGUAUUAUAUACACACACAGACAUUCCAUAGUAAAACGAUAUAGUGGUUCACAUAAUUUGUAAAAAUUUCUAGUUUUGUUCCUUAUUGCAAAAUAUUAGACCUAUAUUUUAUUUAUUUUGUCAUAAGGGUGACCAUUUCCAUGGUAGGGUGGUUCAAAAAACCGAUUUUUUUCAGAUAUGACUCUUUUAAAAAAAAUCAUAACUUUUGAAACAUUUGGUUUUAAAGAUCAACAUAUCAAUUGAACGGUAAUUUAAAAUAUUUUUUUAGGAAAAAAUAUAAUGAUGUUUAGAAAUUUGGAUUUUUUUAUUGAAAAACAUUGACGGUAUUUGAUUUUUUUGGGAUUCAUGGUUUGUAGACAGAGGGCACAAUAUGUUUUUAUAUUUUUCCUUGAGGUUUUCGGUCUCUAUGAAUGUCAUGGUAGUCUAGGAUCAGAAAUUGAAAUAAGUAUAGAUAAUGUGAUAUGUUACAGUCGAUUUUUUGACCACCCUAACAUAGAAAUGGUCACCCUAAUGACAAAAAAAACGGAUCUACUAUUUUGCAAUAAGGAACAAAACUUUCAAUUUUUACGAAAUUAUGAGAAUCACUGUAUCGCUUUGCUAUGAAAUGGCUGAGAUAUAUGUAUAUAGAAAAGCCUGGUGGCAUAUAUACAGUUGUUUUCGAUUAAAUAGCAGCGCAUGCCGAUUUUCAUACAAAAUGGUCAACUUUGACAUGAUGUAACAUUGUUAACUUAUGAUCACUUGAGCUGAAUCGUUCGCCAAAGAACUACAAAUAUGUUCAAUUUUAGGAUUACAAAAUAUUAAAUUUUUGAAAGCACCUGCCGGAAAGUGAGACACCAGGUAAAAUUGUUCAAAAUAAUAGCAGUACUAAUAAUUUUCAACAAAUGUACAUAAUAGUUAAAAAUGUUUAACAUAUUUGCAGCACGUAAAUUUUUAAAUAAAAAACUGCUAUUAUUUUGAACAAUUUUACCUGGUGUCUCACUUUCCGGCAGGUGCUUCCAAAAAUUUAGUAUUUUGUUAUCGUAAAAUUGAACAUAUUUGCAGUUCUUUGGCGAAAGUUUCAGCUCAAUUGAUCAUAAAUUAACAAAGUUGAAUCAUGUCAAAGUUGACCAUUUUGUAUGAAAAUCGGCAUGCGCCGAGAAAAAAUACAAAACUGAAAUUGACCGCUUCAGAUUUGAACCAAAUUUGAAGCGGAUGUUUAUUUUGGUCUAACUUUUAUGAAUUCACAUUUUUGUGCCAAUCGAAGCACCCCUUGGCCUGGGGAGGAUUUUCUAUUUUUCGUGAUUUUCAAGAAAGCACUACUUUCUUUUAUCAAUAUCUUCGGAACAAACAAAGCUUGAUUUACAUUGUUGAAUGUUUUUAAGAAAAAAUUAGACAAGUAAACUUAAUACAAAUUCAUUGUGUCUAUGCAGUGUUGCCAAUUUUUUUAUAUUUGCAUUUAAAAACAUAAACCAUACUUUUUUUCGGAAUGUGUACUUUCAGAUUUCCAUUCUGACAUCACCAUCGUGUUCCCCAUCCUUUUUUUUUAUAUAAAAAACGCAACAAAAUGUUAUAUGCGUAUUUCCUGAGAUACAGAAUUUUGAAUCAAAGAAUUCCAAAAAUUAUGAGAAACUCUAUUUUUUUCAAUUUUAUUUUCGAGCGCUCUUCUAAGUAAAACAACUAAUUUUUCUCACCUAUUGUUUCAAAUAUUUAAGAAUGAAGAAAAAAACAGAAAGUUUCAAAUAUUUUUUUAAGCAAGAAAAUAUGAAAUCAAAACUACAUUGUUUCCAGUGUUGCCAAAUUUUAAGAUUACUUUUCCAUCUUAAAACAUUAUUGGAAUGUUUUGUGGAUUUAAUGUUUCGAGGAUGCCGUCGGUCUCCGUUUCGCAAUUUAGUGCCAAUCACCGACAAUCGAAUGUACAGAGAGCAGCUUCCUCAUAUGUGUAUGAUAUCGCACCCAUCAACACAGAUAGGCGGGAACCAACGACUUUACUUGUGGACAGUGAUUAUUAGCAAAUUGAUAUGUUUCCUCUCUCAAACGCUCUCAAUAUCACGCGUAAUAUUGGAGCAAAAUGUCAUACAAUUGAUUUUACAAACUCCUUUGUUAUUGCGAGACUAUUCACAACGUGUAAAGUUGAAGCCUCGAUUGAAGCUGGGAGUUGAAUCGACGCAAAAAUGAUCCCGUUGCACCUCGUUUUUUAAGAAAGAGAAGGUUUACUAGUGCUAUCUCUUUUUUUAUCUUCAUCGAUGGCAGACACGAAGCGACUGCUACCAAUCGUUAUGGAUGUUUCGGUUGCGUUCGGGUGUAGAGCAAAAAUCAUGAAACUCAAUCUCACCACAGUUUGGAAAGAUUUGCAGCUGCUGAGUUUUGUUAGCUUGAUAUUCUGAAUUGCAUCAUCACAGCUUGCAAUAUCAACCGCAGUUGUGUGCUAGUUGAUUUUUAUCUACAAAAAUCAAGCGUAAUUUUGAGCUUUGAUGAGAUUUGAUUUUUUUUUUAAUUUUGUUAACACUGCUAGUGGAUAAAAGUAUUUGAUUUAAAUAUUUGAUUUGAUAGCACCAUUGCGUUCCACAUACUUUUUACAUAGAAGAUGGAUUAAACAACAUAAGUUGAAAGUAUAGGUGCCGUUGUAUAGAGUUUUGGAAAAAAAUAUAAAUUAUGAUAAAAAAGUGUUUAUCCGCGUUAUUCUAAAGCAAAAAUGGUAAUCGUAUUAGAAAGCUCGCAAAUAACAACUGUGGUACUGCAUUUAGAAAACUAAGUUGAGGGCCAGCGUGAGCGGCGCCGGUGGUAUAGUGGUAAGCGUAAUAACCUCUCACCCCAGCAGGCCAGGGUUCAAUCCUAGUCGGCGCCACCGGAAUGUUCUGAGGCAUAACAUCUCUGAUCAUGCCUUUCUUCGGAAGGGAAGUAAAGCCGUUGGUCUCCGGUUCAUGACUUGAUGGGUCGAUAGUUAGGGUCCAGGUGUGGGAGUUGCCUCCCUGGUGUCAAACAAAUCAAAGAAAAAAAAAAGAGGGCCAGCGUGAUGUUCCACUAGUGACGUAAUAAAUCCAAUAUAAUAAGAAAGACGGCUUCAAUCAAUUCAUAAUAAAAUCAGUUUCAAGUACCGUUAAACGGGGUAUCUUUGAU